AACGACGGAACAAUGACCAUCUUGACUCACCCAGCGGUACUCGUUUCGACGCAACCUCGCCUACGCUGCCCCUUUUGUGCUUGCGCAGAUCACAAUGGCCGCCGUCUACUCCCAGCCCGCUGCUGCGAAUUACUUCACUCCGUCACCGCACGCGCACCGCGCCCGUGGUUACCGCCUCUGUGAUCAAUGCAGUGCAGUCGAAAACCCGCAGGGUCCGCGCUUCCGCCUAUGCGGCGGCUGCAUGACAGCGCAAUACUGCUCUUCCGAAUGCCAACGGAACAACUGGGCUGCGCACAAGGCCGUCUGCCAGCACACCGCCAGCCAGAUCCAGGCGACCAAACAGCCCGGCGCGGGAUAUCCCGACGAGAGCCUCGCGAAGCACCUGCGCAAGUUCACCUCAGCGCAUCAAAACCUGCUCAACUGGGCGGGCUUCCAAGCGCUCCAGUUGAAGCGCGUUCCUGCCAAUGUUCGGCAAUACGCGCUGGUCAUCGACCUCAACUAUCACAACUCCUCUGCUGAUUCCCUUCGUCGCUUCUCCAUCUCUGGCACCUCCCUCGUACCCCGCGCCAGUAUCGUCAACCAAGAUCCCAUCGUCGCCGACGACAUUCAGCGACGCGAAGAGCGUUGCCGUCGAUCAGGCGGGAUCGGCACGUUGGUCGUCGUCAUCCAAUGUUGCGGUAUCAGCCAGGUCAUGCCAGUCGAGGUCGACCCCCCGAGCAGCAUCACCUGGGACAUGCGCAGCGACUGGGAGGCCGUCCUCCGGAAGUUCGUGGCCGAGGCGCGCCCGGACUUCGCACCGAUCAGCACGACCGCCAGGGGCGUGUACUACGGAUGAACGCAUCGCUUCGGCCAAUCUUAGGGCUCGAUUGGCGUUGAUCGUCGCAUCUCGACUGGAUAUUCGACCUACUUUAUUCGUUUCGCUUCAUCAUCUCGGCACCCGCUUUCGUCCUCAACGCUAUCUCGCA